AGAAAGACGUCCAGAUGAGAAGCUAUUGUAUGCAGUUUACAUCGAUUAAGCCUGAUUUCUCCUUGUUAAAAUAUGAAACUCUAGAGCUUUUUAUGCUCGUUUUACUUUCUUCUAUGUGCGCUUUAAUGUUAUACUCGAAAUACAGUCGAUACUGUCUAGGUAUGACCACACCUUGCUGGCGACCGCUAUCACCAUUCGAUCACUUUUAGGGCUGAUGCUUUGCUAUUUGCUGCUAUUUUCAAUCCCUGGUAAGCGGCCACUUCACAUGGUUCGACCUCACUACAGGCGAUAACUGAGUAAGAAGAGACGGCUGGAGUUACUACAUUUUUUUCGUUGCUCAUCAUAAUUUAGAGUUUACGAAUGCAUUUGUGCAUGGAUAAUGGUUAAUACUACCCUUUGCUUUGACCAAUAGAUUUUUGUCACCCUUUUGGAAGCCAUCUUGACGGAUGAAGAUGAAGUUUGCCGCUUUGAGCCCUCCAUUUCUUGCUUUGAUGUUCUUGAUCACCGCGCCAUGUUAUCAUGGUGUGUUGGGCAAAACGUCAAACAAUUCGGUCCUAUCGGGCUGCCCCAAAAAUCAAUGUUUGAUAGACGCUAUUUCCUGCUUUGUAAAUGGAGGGAACCCAAAUGACGGAAGUCACGCAGAAAAACUGGCAAAGCUUGAAAAGGAGGUGGCAGCCUUAAAAGCACAGUUAGCUACAGCCGGGAAACCAUCUGGUUUCGCUUUGCUCGACAGCAAUGGCCGCUUGUCCCAGAGUCUCCUUGUGGCGGGUUAUGACAAGUACUCUUUGUACGACUUGGGCUGGCAGUCUCUUCACAUGGCAGCCUCUGCUGCCUGUAGAGGAAGCACUAGUUCAGGGGGUAGUGGCUGCUGUGAAAACGUUGUCCUUGUGCGUAACACGGCUGAUAAGAAGACCUGCUCUCAGAUCUGUGCCCAGUCUCCGUUUUCCAACUGUGAUGGAGAAGUUUCCAUCCACGGAAAAACAGGAAAAGCCACUCAAAACGGAGAGAAGAUUGGCGCGUUCUACAACUAUGAAUGCGGUCACGUGGCUAACGGAGGGAGUGAAGUGUCACGAUCUGAAAGUGACAUUACUCGGUUCCCAGACCCAUAUCCCUAUUACAGCUUUUGCUGCUGCCGGAAAUAAAAGUACGAGUGUAAACAGAGCGCUGUGAAGACAAUAAAGGUGUUGCUCUUAUAUGCUCCGAUUCGUUUGAUUUUUAUGGCCGAAUUUUUCUCUUCC